AUGGCAACCGCAACAGCAACCGCCGCUGCCACUUCGUCCUUCAUCGGAACUCGUCUCCGGGAAGUUCAAUCCAACUCCGGCCGAGUACAAGCCCGGUUCGGAUUCGGAAAGAAGAAAGCCGCACCAAAGAAACCGUCACGCUCGACUCCAACCACCGAUCGCCCGUUAUGGUUUCCCGGAGCAAAGUCACCGGAGUAUCUAGACGGAAGUUUGGUCGGCGAUUACGGCUUCGAUCCAUUUGGUUUGGGGAAACCAGCUGAGUAUUUGCAAUUUGACCUUGAUUCACUUGAUCAGAAUCUGGCGAAGAAUCUCGCCGGAGAUGUGAUCGGAACUAGGACGGAGUUUGAAGAUGUUAAAUCGACGCCGUUUCAACCUUACACCGAAGUUUUUGGACUUCAGAGGUUUAGAGAAUGUGAAUUGAUUCACGGUAGAUGGGCCAUGCUUGCUACUCUUGGUGCUCUUACGGUUGAAUGGCUCACCGGUGUUACAUGGCAAGACGCCGGAAAGGUGGAGCUAGUUGAAGGAUCAACGUAUCUUGGACAACCACUUCCAUUUUCAAUUACAACAUUGAUUUGGAUAGAAGUUCUAGUAAUUGGCUACAUUGAAUUCCAGAGGAAUGCAGAGCUUGACUCAGAAAAGAGACUAUACCCAGGUGGAAAGUUCUUCGACCCACUCGGUUUAGCAGCUGAUCCGGAGAAGAAAGAAACACUUCAAUUGGCUGAAAUCAAACACGCUCGUCUUGCUAUGGUUGCUUUCCUUGGUUUUGCAGUUCAAGCUGCUGCUACUGGUAAAGGACCUCUUAACAAUUGGGCUACACAUUUGAGUGAUCCUCUUCACACUACCAUCAUUGAUACCUUUUCUUCCUCUUAG